AUGGAGGAUGCAGACAAUUCGUCAACUUACAUAGAAAGCACGGUUGUGGAACUGGAGGACUGGAUGAAUAUAUCGGAUGCCAAUUAUGAUAUGGAAUUGUUAGAAUCAACGGUAAUAGACUCAACAAUGUUCGAUUCAACAUUAGAUCCUAAUUCGGAGCAGUUAAGAAAAAAAAAAUCCUCGAUACAAUCCGUUUCCAAUCAAUAUGGAAUUGACUGGAAAAAUUCAUUCCAAGAUGAAGGACUCAUUAUUUGCCCAUUUGUGUGGAAUGAAGGAGGAGAAGAAGUGUAUUUGGUGGCUAGUUUUAGUGCAGAACCUAGAAGGUUUAAGAUGUAUAAAAAUGGCAACAAAUUUUAUGUAAUUUUAGAGAUUCAAAGGGGAAUUUACCCCUACCGAUUUAUCAUCGAUGGCGUUGAUUGCUACGCUAGCGAUCAUCCAAAUUUCACGAUCAAAAAUGGAUUGGUGGUAAAUAUCAUAGACAUAAGGUAUUAUGUCCCUAUGGAAUACACGAUGCAUCAGGGUUGCCUAUGGGCCUCAGACCUUCCCUACUCCCAAAAGUUACCCAAGGAAACAUAUUUCAGUCUACAUCCGCCACCCAUACCCGACCUUUUCAAUUAUAGCCCAAUUGGUGAAAAUAUUGGCUGUAUAUCUAACGACAUACAUGUAUACGGCAAUAACCUGUGCCAAGACAACAAGGCAGCACAAUUAUUAGGCAGCAGAUACAGGUGUUAUGGGAUUAUUGUUAGGGAAAAGCAAGAAUGCGCAGGGGGUAUUAAACAUAGACAGUUAUAUACUGAAUAUUUGUAUGUAACAGUUGCACAAGAAUGCAAAACUAAAGAGAUUGAUGGAGAUGAAUAUGCAUCGCGGUGGAAAGAAAUGUUACUAAAGAGCACACGCAAUAGUGACUAA